AUGGACGUCAAGCUCUUACCGGACUUCCUCAUGCUGCCAUAUCCAGCGCUCAGCCCUAAAGACCAACUCGACAAUGAGAUCACAGUCAAGAAAGCCUCCUCAUGGACCUACUGCGGACCCCUCCUAUGUCUGAAUGCAGAAACUCUCCCAAGCUCCUUCAACACCUGGAGUGAAGCAUCCAUAACCGGCUCAAUCCUCCCACCACUCUUCUCAUUCCUGACAUACGUCCACGAAUUCCUCUCCAAAAACAACCAGUCCAAUUACUGGCUUACCAUCCGAGCAAGUAAAGAAACACAUGACUUUGAUAUUCCGCGUUGGCAUACGGAUGAUCUAUUCUUCUCCUCGCCGUUAACAACCACUACACUUCCAACUCCAGCGUCAACAGUAAAGCGCACACGCCUUUCCACACUAUAUAAUAUUCUCAAAAAACAGCCCAAAUCCCAACCCCAAGCACCAAAAUCAACAACACCAACACCCAACGCCCUAAAUUGGAAACUCACAACAACCCUCCUAGGCCCAGGAACCCUCUUCAUCCCCACAACGUCCAGCCCACAAGCCCGCACAGCCCAAAAGAACGCAAAACAAGCCGCUCGCGCCCAGAACCCCAACCACACGUGCCUUUCCAUCCGCUGCGUCGGCUGCGCAAUGGCCGCGGAAUCCGUCCGAGAAACACUAGCAGCGGAACUGGGGCAUGGGAAUUGUGGUACGAACCAUGGCGAGAUCCCAGGUGACGGCGAGGACGGGAUCGUGCAGGCCCAGCGUGGGCAGUGUGUGUUUUUCCGGGUUGGGGAGGAAGAAGGCGCUGUUCAUUCUGAGCCUGUGUCGCACUCUGAUCGGGUCUUUGUUAAUGUUGUUCCUGGUUCGAGGGAGGAUCUGGAGGUGCUUAUGGGGAGGUGGGGGAUGGAGUUUCCUAGGGCUUGGUAUUUUGGGUUGGAUUUUGGGGAUUUGGGGGGUUAA